GAGUACUAGCGGUGUGGUCGGGGCCGGAGAGCAAGCGACCCCCACAACCAACCAUGGGCACGCCGCAGCCUUCCUUCAUAUUUCCUCUCGUUAUCGGCACCUUCACCGCCGUCUCCUACGUCUUCUUCGUCGUCGUCUACACGGUCCAGCCCACACCUUUCAUCGAUGAAGUUUUCCACAUCCCCCAGGCUCAGAAGUACUGUGAGGGCAGGUUCGAUGAGUGGGACCCCAAGAUAACAACAUUACCUGGCCUCUACUUAUUUUCUAUUGGCUUAAAUGGACCAGUGUCUUGGGUGCUUGGGCGGCAACUAUGUGAUGUGUUUUCACUACGUGUUACAAACCUUGUUGCUGCAGCAUUCAUGUUGUCAACUAUACAUAAGCUGCUGAUACACUUGCACAAAGACAAGGUAGACAGUUGGAGGCUGAUGUUGAGUGCACUGAAUCUCUCCUUGCUUCCUGUGCUGUACUGGUUUACUUUCUUAUACUACACGGAUGUGUUGUCCACACUAGUUGUGCUGGUGAUGGUUCUCCUCCACCUCCACCAUGCACCCACCACUGCUGCUGCCAUGGGUGUGGUGGCAGUCAUGAUGCGGCAGACGAACAUCAUCUGGGUGGGAUUUCUGUGCGUGUUGAUGGCUGCUGAUAUCCUAGGAUCAAGAAUGCUUAAAUCCCCUAUAAAUACAUUGGCUGAUACAAAGGCAUUAAUGAAGAAACUAAAGAAAACUGCUACAAAACCCUAUCGCUUGGCAGAAGUGUUGGCAGAUGUAGUGGCCGACUGUUUCAGCUACGGACUGGUGCUGGUGGGCUUCCUUGUGUUUGUGACGUAUAACGGCAGCAUUGUGGUGGGUGAUCGGUCUGCUCAUGAGGCAACUGUCCAUCUCCCUCAACUUGGUUACUUCUGCCUUUUCUUUCUUAUCUUCUCCCUGCCAUAUGCUCCAAACCACGUGCGUCCCUUCAUAAAGUUGUGUCGCCGGCAUCUAGCAUUUGCUGUAGCUGUGCUUGUGGUUGGAGUAAUGGUCGUUCACUCCAACACUUUGGUUCACCCUUACCUCCUUGCUGACAACAGACAUUUGACAUUUUACUUAUGGAACAAACUUUAUGGUAGGCUUUCUGUUAUCAGAUACAUCAUGGUUCCAGUUUACAUGUUUGGUGCAUAUAUGAUACAUGCAUUCAUCCAGCAACGCAGUUUUGUGUUCAAAGCUCUGUUUGUAGCAUGCCUGGUUGCGUCGGUAGUACCUCACAAAUUGCUCGAGUUUCGAUACUUCAUCAUCCCAUUUCUCCUGGUUCGCAUGCAGCACGUAUCGAAAAACUGGUGGCAGCUGUGGAUAGAAACCCUAUAUUUCUUGCUUAUCAAUUGUUUAACUCUCUAUCUGUUUGUCAGCAAGACUUUCCUGUGGGAAGAUAGUUCAGAGCUCCAGAGGAUCAUCUGGUAGUCAGCCAGGUGGGUUACCUAACAAUGUUAUGAAAUACUGUAAUGUGUUAGCUUGAGGUUUGACAUUUUUGUUAUUAUUGGUGAACAGUUUUAAAGUUUACUCAUCAUCCCAUUGGCUAAAAAAAAAAAAUGUAUAAAAACAUAAAGCUCUGUUGCUGUUUUAUAUUUGCAUUUAUUAUUAUUUAUUGUAUAUGAUAGUAAUUAUAGAUGUGGCAUUUUGAAGCUUAGGUUGGCAAAGAAAUUUAUUACCAAGUUUUUGCUUAUACAGGUAUUGUGGUUUUCUUUAUAUAUUUUUGGCUUUUACGGUUUAUGAAAGCAGGGAUGAACUUGGUGUUCCAGGAACUAAUCUUAUACUUCACUAAGUAAUUAUCGUUUGAAAAUAAGCUUCUAAAGUGUGACACAAUCUGUUUAUCAAGUGCUCUGACUGCUUAAAUCCAUAUUUGUUCUAGCCACAGUAUUAUUACCCCACAGUGAGAAGAGCAAACAUAUGAGUGUUUAUCAAUGUCCAAAUUAUUACACAUACGAGCAAAAAUAUUGGUCUAUGUCUUGGACACGCGAGUGUAACUCUUCAGAAUGUAGUUUCUCUGCCACUUUAAUUGCACUGUAUUUUCAAACUAAAUUGAUAUUUAUGACAUUUUUGCUAACAAAAUGUAUACAAGGGUAAUGAAGUGUAGUGUGUGUGUGUGUGUGUGUGUGUGUGUGUGUGUGUGUGUGUGUGAGGUGCUGUUUAACUUAAUUGUGAAUAGACCGUGGUAUUUUCUUGUGGUUAUUGGAUGCACUUUGUUUAGCCUGGUUGUUAUUGCAGGCCAAAACCACUACUGUAUAGUCAUGUGUGUAAUUGCCUUAUUGAGAUAUAAAAAAAAAAAGUUUAUAUUGUUCAUCAAGAGUAACUACUCAUCGGUAAUUCUCGAUGAAUUACUGUACCAUGUAUAGGUCGCAAAUGUCUUAAAAGGUAACUUGUGCAUGUCCCUGUUGAUGUAUUACCUGAGGGGUCAAGCUGUACAAAGUGUGGUGUUUGAUGGCACAAUUUAGUUUUCCUUUUAUAAUUUUUUUUAUAUUGGAAAUAACCAAAGCAAUACUUCAAAAGCUGGUGUGUAAGAAACAAAUAUCCCUCCAUGUACCACUGUAUCCUCUACUCGUGUUUAUUUUCCCUAAAACGGAAGAUUCGUAUACAAUUUAUUAAAUUUUCUAUAUCUUAAAACUUUGGUAUUCAUCACGCCUCUAGUGUAGCAGGUUUGUAGUGGAGUAAGGUAUGUGGGAGGCACGGUGUAAACAGCAGACCAUGUGACUGCAUGCUGUACAAUGAUUACUGCCCAUGCUAAAUAAAAUAGAAAAUAUAAUUUGCUAUCAUUCUAAAUUAAUUUCUCUUGCAUAAAUUUUGUUCAUUACAGGUUGUUUUAGCAAUGGGCAAAUUGUUAAAUUUGCCCAUUUAUUUAUUUAUUAAUUUAUUGUCAAAAUUUAACUUGCCGUCCAUUUUUAGGGAUUUUUUAAUGCUGGUUGUUUAUGUUACAUUCAAGAAUUCUUACAUUUGUAUUAAAGGUCAGUAAGUAUACCAAAGAAAUAAUGAUGUUACAGCAUACAGUAGUAACAUAGGGAAUAAUUACCAUUUUAAACAGCUCUUAUUUUGUCUCCUGUCAGUAUGUAUAUUUGGGUGCAAUACUUACAACUAAUCUUUGAAAAAGUUGAGAUCAGUACUCCCUCAAAAAUCUAAAUUAUAUUGUUCAAACCUUAUUUAGAUUUGUGUCAAAUGCAGGUUUCUGAAAUAAUUAUUGUUUUGAGGCAAUUAUAACCAGUUUUGUCAGUUUCUCACAGCAAAUUACAUACUGUAGUGCAUAUUUCGACAUAUUCAGAUAUACAAAUAAUAUAUAAGCAGUGAUUUUGUGUGGAUAUAAUUAAUAAUUAUGCAUGAAAAAUAUAAAAUAUUAAAUUGUUCACUUACCUUUUGUAGCACUGGCUGGUCUUGAUUAUCCAGAGGUACUAUUAGGGGCCUCGUAGCCUGGUGGAUAGCGCGCAGGACUCGUAAUUCUGUGGCGCGGGUUCGAU